GGAAAAGGAUUUUGAGGAAUUAUAUCCUGAUGCACAUAUGAAACUAUAUGCGGAAUGGGCUAAAUUAUCAUGUUUCAUAGAAAAAAAAUUAACUAAAAUAGAACCUAAAUUCAAAGCAGCUUCAAAUCCAGAAAAAAAAACAAUACAGCUUUUGCUGCGACUACCUUCUCUCUUUCCGAUAUAUACCGCAGUUGUUGGAAAAGGAAGAGGUUGUAAUUGGCGACCAUCGUUAUGUGAAAGACGAGAAGCAUUUUUAUGGGAAAUGGAGACAUAUGGCGAUUUAAACACUAAAAUCCAAGAAAGAAGAGAGAAGUUAAAUAUUUUCAAAUUGACAUUGCAACCACAAGCUGUCAUUAUAGGCUCAUCGGAAACUGACAAAAGGCGUAGCUUUGUCAUUGUUGAUACAAUACGCUACGAAGUGGAAACACCAUUAAAAGCUAUAGAUAUAGCUUUCAAAUGUAUUCACAGUUUGCAUGCUGAAUAUCCUAAAGAAUGUGAACAAGUUUUUCUUUUUCUACAGAAAGGUAUCUACGGUAUUAAUACAAAAUAUGAUAAGAAAUUUAGUGCUGUUAGUACUUUGGUUAAGGAAUAUGAGAUUUUUUCCUUAUGA